UCUGCUGUUUUUGGUGGUGUUCUCAGAGUAGGAGAUGAGAGGAGUGGUGAGAAAGGGAGGCUAAAAAAGAAACUACCACAAAGACAGGCACUGGGAACGGACUGACGCAAUGAACAAAUCUGCCUUCAAACCAGCUGACAUGGUGUUGAUUUUCCUGCUUUUUUGGCUAAGCUUGUCAACAACAAGCGCAGCUCCCAACCUAAGAAAAGCAGCCACAGAGGCACCUCUUCUUGUCGUCGCACCACCAACCGAGGCUAGAUCCCGCUUUGCCAUGUUAGAUGAUGUACGACUCCUUGCUAACGGUCUUCUCCAGCUCGGCCAGAGCCUCAGAGAGUUUGUGCACAAGACCAAGUCUCAGAUCAACGACAUCUUCCAGAAGCUCAACAUCUUUGAUCGUUCCUUUUACCAGCUCUCGGUGGUCACCAGUGAAAUCAAAGAGGAAGAGGAGAAGUUGAAGGAGACGACUAUAUUUUUGAAGGCCAAUAAUGAGGAGAUCAGAAACUUGUCGCUGGAGAUCAACUCCAAAAUUAACAACAUCCUCCAAGAGCGAAGUCAGUUGCACAGCAAGGUUGGUGGGCUGGAGGAGAAGCUGAAGGGCUUGUCUCAGAGCAUGAUGCCUCUAGACCAACUUCAAGAGAUCACUGCUUUGAAGGAUGUGAUUGAAACUCAAGAAAGGACCAUUACAGAUCUGCUUAAAUCUGUUAAAGAACAACACGAACAGCUCAAUUACCAGAAGACCAAAAUUAAGAGUCUUGAGGAUAAGCUGAACUAUGACUCUUUUCAAGAAACAGUUGAAAAACCUCUGGAUUUAAAUCCAGAAACUCUGGACCCUUUUCGUUACUUAACGAUGAACUCCACCAAUGGAACUGCAGAAAUAAAUGACUUUCCAAUUGACUGCAGUGAUGUGUUCAAAAGGGGCCAAAGGACCAGUGGAAUUUACCCAAUCAAACCCAAUCAAUCUGAGCCUUUCUAUGUUUACUGUGAGAUAAGUGCUGAUGGUGCAGCCACAGCCAUUCAGAGAAGGGAGGAUGGUUCUGUUGAUUUUGACCAGUCAUGGGAAAAAUACGAAUAUGGAUUUGGCAAACUGGAAAAAGAGUUCUGGCUUGGCUUGGCGAAGAUUUACUCCAUUGCUCAACAAGGGCAAUACAUUUUACACAUCGAACUGGAAGACUGGAAGGAGGAAAAGAGAUUCAUAGAGUACACAUUCACCCUGGAAGGUCCUGCAUCUGAUUAUGCUCUUCACGUGGCACCUCUGUCUGGAGAUCUGCCUGAUGCCAUGAGCAACCACACGGGCAUGAAGUUCUCAACCAAGGACAGAGACAACGAUAAUCACGACGAAUCAAACUGCGCCCGCAACUACACAGGAGGUUGGUGGUUUGACGCAUGUGGGGACACCAACUUAAACGGGAGAUACGCCUGGAUGAGGUCGAGGGCUCGGCACCAGCGCAGGAAAGGAAUCUACUGGAAGCCAGCCAAAGGGAGCUCCUAUACCCUCAAAUCCACAAAGAUCACCAUCAGACCAUCAACCCAGUUUCAAUAAUCCCUGACCUCUCCAUUGGGUAAUUCAGAAUCAAUCAGAAGGGUCACACUGGCAGCAGACACUGGCUUUUCCCUUUCUCUACAGACAGCAGAAACCGAAUGAUGCAACUGCAAUAGGUCAUUGACUUUAGUAGAGGUUAAAAACCAAGUCAAAGGGGUAUUGCAACAUGCAUGUGUAAGGUCGAAUCAUCAUAGGUCAUCAACUUGUAGCUUGCUAAUCAAGAAUAGUAGUAAAAAAUAAUAAUAAUAAUAAUAAUAAUAAUAUUGAACAGGUUAAAAAUCACACAGUGGAUCUCGUCUCUGAAGCAGGAUUUUAUGCAUGUUAUCAUCAAGAGUCAUAAGUUUGUAGACUAUAUAGAUAAUAUUAUCGACUACAGAGUUUCUCAAUGUGAUUUUACAUACAGUAUGUUAACCUGUAAUUUUGAAGUAUUUAAGCAAUUUUCACAAAUAUGCAACAGCAGAAAAACAAUGGGUAACACUUUGUAAAAACUUUUGUUAAAUCAUGACUACAAUGCUUAUGAACAUGACUAUAUUGUAUGAUUAUAUUAUAUUAGAAUUACAUUAUUUUAUUUUAUAUUUUAGAUAUACAUUUUACUAAAUCUGAUAUUGAAAAUUAUUACAAAGUGUUACCAGGAAAUGUGGUGUUAUGGUUGCAGAAUCUUUUGCUUGUCUCUUUCUGUUACUGAGUCAUAUUGACUCCUGGUUAUGCUUUGUACAUACUCAGCUGUACUGUAUAUAUUUAGUUUACACAAUGUUUCUCUCAAUGGUAGUCAGGUGCAUCAUAUUUAUAGAAACGCAUUUAGAAAAUAAGGCAUCUUAUACCAUACUUGGACUCACAUGGCAAACCUUUUUUGUGGUAAUAAAUGUAAAUUUCACUGCAUAAUUAAAACAACUUUGAGCAAUAUCUUUCCAAAGGAAACGGUAUAUAAACAUUUUACAUGACUGAAAAAACCCAGUUUCCAAAGUUUAAGAAUGCUGUUAGUUAAAGGGGGUUAAAAAAAAAAAAAAAAGAGAAUAUGAAUAACUGAUAUGAAAUAAAUAAUCCUGAGGGAGGAUUGAGCAGAACCUGUGCGAGAAAUCAACAUGUUAUAUGACCUGCAUAUACAACAGACCUGACAAGUGUGAUAAAUCUGAAACAUGAAUGUUGUCAGUGGUAAAUUCUGUCCCGAUCUGCCCAGUCUGCACCAUCUAAAUCAAGGCUGACUAUGCGGCAUGUCUAGAGGACGAUGAAGUUGGCAAAAGCUGAGAGCAGACAAACAUGCACUCUGAAUGAAAGGUUAUGUCAACAUGCAGAGGAUAAGCAUCUUUGUCUGGUCAACCUUGACUAAAUUAGUAAGCUUAAAUAGCAGGGUUAGAGCAUACAGGGGGGCCCGGUUACUUAGCAAUACGAAAAUGUGAAAGGUAAAAAUAAUAAUAAAUAAAGGUUUAUGUUGGUGUCUAAGGCCAAUUUAUUUAAUCUUAUCAGUGAUUCUUAGGGAAACAAAAAAAAAAAACUUAUGGAUUUUCAGAAUUCCUGCAUAGUGGCUGCCUUGGCAUGGUAAGUGAUUUUGCAAUGUCAAGCGGAUACUUCCAAUAAAAAAGAUUCCAAUAAUUAUACCACCUUCAUAGAUAUCAUAAUAGAUAUAAUACUGUUGUACAGCUGCUCACAAAGCCUUGGGAGUUGAAACCCAAUUAUGGUAAGUGUAGUAAUAUUUGAGACACACGCUGCAAACAGUUUAAUGACCACAACAGACUGUACCAGAUGACCAAUUCUAGCAGACUAGACUCUCCAGAAAGACAAGCUUUACAAAAGCAAACUAAAACAGGGUCUAAAAAUCAUGAAAGCAUUCAAGUAGACCGCAAAAAAUACAAUUAUGAAAUUGUAAGCAAGCAUAAAAUUCAUACAAUAAUUAAUUGGUUAAAAAGUGUCAAAACACUGAAGAUCAUUCAGCUCCUAAAAUUUCGGAAAUGUAAUUAUUAAUCUAGUUAUUUUGAAGUUACAGAAACUAGGAGUGUCCAUAGAUUCAGGGGCUUUUUUUAAAAAAAAGCAAGGCAAAAACUUAUCAAAGGUUUCCUCCCUUCAGAAUCCUUAAGGUUUCUAGGACACUGUCAGUCCAGAAACUGUAGUAUACAUAACGAGUCUUUAAAAAAAAAAAAAAGUUUAGCUCAAAUGUGUGCUAUAAAUAAAAAGUGCUACACAUCAAACAUCUACAUUUCGAGUUUCAACUGAAUAGGGUGGCUUUGAAUAUAAUUGUGCACAGUUGAUGGGAGUUGAAGUCAAGAAGGCUAAAAAU